AUGAAAGCUCGAGCAUCUCAUCUUGUUUCGCGGCCGCGGCUGGAUCCUCUGGUGUUCUAUCACAGGCUCUGUAUCUCGACUUCUACUACUUCGCGCAUAGCGGGAUCUUCACCGACGAAGGCGGCAACUACUACGGUGCCGACAGCGAGUGGUACCGGGAAUACAGCGCAUCAACAUCAUCAUCAUCAUCAUGAGAUUGCUUUUCCUGCAACGAGGACAACCUCCGCCGCGCAGCCCUCGUCUGUAUCGGCCGCCCCUCUCGCCGGCCUCCCGACCCGAACCUUCCUGCGUUCUCUGUUCCUCACCAGCGUGAUGGCAUCGCCUCUGCUGACGCCCUGUCUGUCGCUCAUGAAGUUGCUUGUUGACUCCCCUUCCAAGUUGCUGCGUCCCUCCUCCAACGCCGCGAUGGACUAUCUCCUCCGUCGCUCCAUCUACGAUCACUUCUGCGCGGGGACCAACGAGGUCGAAGUCCGCCACACGGUCCGGGAGAUGAAACGGCUGGGCUUCAAGGGCGUGAUUUUGGGGUAUGCGAGAGAGUCGAUCGCACAUGUGAGCCCGAGCUCUCAUCAGGAAACGAUUGCCGCGGUGCUGCAGGGACAGCUACGACAGGCACAGUGGGAACAGGCGGUCAAUGAAUGGAAAGAGGGGAAUCUACGCACUCUGAAGAUGUUGGGUGAGGGGGACUACUUGGCUGUUAAAUUCACUGGCGCUGGUCCGCUGGCGGUUCACUCACUCACGCGGAAUGAUCCCCAUCCCCCGCCGCAAAUCGCAGCUGCCAUUCAUGAGAUAUGUGCAGCCGUAGCAGCGCAAAAAUCCCGGCUAUGGAUCGACGCGGAGCAGCAAGUGUUUCAAGCGGCGAUUGAUUCUUGGGCGGUGAAUCUAAUGAGGAGGUUCAAUCGUCCUAGUUCCGAGACACCUCAGAAGGAACCCCCGAUCGUUGUUUUGAAUACCUACCAGGCCUAUCUGAAGCGCUCGGCUGACAUCCUCGCUGGUCAUCUGCGUCUAGCGCGACAAGAGGGUUGGGGGUUAGGUGUGAAGUUAGUCCGAGGGGCGUAUAUUGCGCAUGAUCAACGGGCCAGGAUCUGGGACACUAAAGAGGAGACAGACGCAAACUAUAACGGAAUUGUGAGGGCGCUGAUUGAAAAUCGCUACCCCUCCAUCUCGAGAGGGGCAGGGUCUGAGCUUCGAUCCGAGAGGGCGGAGGACCUUCCAACAGUGCGACUGUUCGUAGCUUCGCAUAACGGGGAGAGUGUAGCCAAGGCGUGCACGCUCUACCAACAACGACAAAGGGAAGGCCGGAAGACGAUUCCUGUCGAGGUGGGUCAGCUGCAGGGGAUGGCGGACGAGGUUAGUUUGGGAAUGGUCGCUGCUGGAGGUCAUGCGGAAGCGAAGCCCGGGGUUUUCAAGUGCCUGGCCUGGGGUUCCACGGAGGAGUGUCUACACUUUCUGCUGCGGCGGGCGGUGGAGAAUCAGUCCGCGAUGCAGCGGACGAGGGAUACAGCUCAGGCGUUACGAGGGGAGGCAUGGAGGCGAAUGGUGGCUUUGAUGCGAGUAUGA